AUGUCGCCGUCCAUUGCGUCUUUCCGCCGGCAGCAUUUGCUGGUCGAGUUCUCUAGUCUGCGCUAUGCACAGCUCGACGGCGUCUUCGUGAGCAUCACACCAGGCGACCCGUCGCUGUGGGUAGGCGUCAUCUUCGUGCGGAAAGGUCCAUAUGCACCUGCAGUCUUGCGUUUCCAAGUAUCCUUCCCACCCAACUAUCCUACUCUGCCACCUCUCGUGACCUUUUCCACCGAUGUGUUCCACCCGUUGCUCACGCCACUGACGACGUACACUUACACGACUGGGUCUUCGGAUACCGAUACCGUCAGUGCAACGGAUGAUGAAAGGCUGCCGCCGGGAGGAUUCAGUCUUCGACACGGCUUCCCACAGUGGUUUGGACGGGCCGGAAAAUCUGCAACAGAACCUCGCAAAGCGAGUGGCUCGACUGUAGGCAGUCCGGCCCGGAGUGUUACGUCCGUACGUGCAGACUUUGAUAGCGUUACCAUGAACUCAUCCGACGUUGCUCCGCCUACCAUAGAAGUUCCAAUGGUCAUCAUGCUGGAUUACAUCCGCUCAACCUUUAGCGAAGAGUCGGUUUUGGACUCUGUGCCACUCCAAGCUGCAGCAAAUCCAGGCGCGUAUCAUGCCUGGCGAGCACACCGGGCCCCUUUCUUGCAGACGCAGCAGUCUCCCUCCGAGACUCUUCAGGGCACCUCAGAGAGCACACCUGAGAGUCCAUCACUGGGACGAAAUCGUCGCCCAGCAGAAUGGAACUGGGAGGGUGUGUGGGAAGAGCGUGUGAAGAAAGCAGUAAACGCCACCCUCUCUGAGCCUAUACUCUUCGGCGCUGGCGCCGGGGAAGACAUAAUUCGCUUUCGCAACGGCGACGUUGAGACCGCAGAGGAUAUGAAGAAGCAGCUAGAAGCGGUUGUAUCGAGGAUUGCAAAGACGUAA